ACCCCCUCCAAAUUAGUUAACAAAUUUUGCCCUAAUCCACUUUUUUAAUAAUAAUUUCUCUCAAAUCCUCCUGAUAUAUUUUUUUUUUUGUCAUCAAUACUAUUUAUCUUUAAUCCAAUAAAAAAAAUAGAGAUUAGGGUAAAGGCAGAGUAGCACCCACCCUCCACUCUCCUACCUGUCUCACCAACUCGCAUCUAGAAGCUUUUUUUCCCCCCACCACUUAUUCUUCUCCUUCUCCUUUCUCUCCAAGCAAAAAAAGAGUCAAAAACUCAGAAGCCUAUAAAUCCACAUUUCCUCCAAGUCCUUUCAAAAGCCGGCUUCUCCUUCUUCUUCUUCUUCUUCUUCUUCUUCUUCUACUUAAAGUUAAGCUGGAUUAAACUUAAGUAAAAGCCACCAAAACCAGAAGCUGCGAUUUGCAGGAAAAGUGGAGUGAGAAAAAAAAAUGGGGAGGUCGCCGUGCUGCGAGAAAGCGCACACAAACAAGGGCGCCUGGACGAAAGAGGAAGACGACCGCCUCGUCGCCUACAUCAAAUCCCACGGCGAGGGAUGCUGGCGCUCUCUGCCCAAAUCCGCCGGGCUCCUCCGCUGCGGCAAGAGCUGCCGCCUCCGCUGGAUCAACUACCUCCGCCCCGACCUCAAGCGCGGCAACUUCUCCGACGACGAGGACGAGCUCAUCAUCAAGCUCCACUCCCUCCUCGGCAACAAAUGGUCGCUGAUUGCGGGAAGAUUACCCGGGAGGACGGAUAACGAGAUUAAGAACUACUGGAACACUCACAUCCGGCGGAAGCUGCUCAAUCGCGGGAUAGAUCCGACGACACACCGCCCGCUCUCCGAAUCCGCCGCACCCGCCGCGGCGGCGGCGACAGCGGCCACCACUUCGUCGACGACGACGAUUUCAUUCGCCGCGGCGGCGAGCAGUAGGGAUCAGGAAGACUGUAAAAACGACGUCAAGAGGCUAUCUACGCCGCCGCCGCCGCCGGCGGCUGCGGCGGCGGUGAAGAAGGAGGAGGAGGUGGAGGAGAAGUGUCCGGAUUUGAAUCUGGAGCUGAGAAUAAGCCCGCCGUACCAAGAACAGUUCUAUAGAGAUACGACGCCGUCUGGCAAGGAGGAGCAGCAGUGUUUCGAUUGUAGCUUGGGGUUGGAGAGGAGCAAGGAUUGCAGCAGUUGCAGGAGCAGGAGAAGACCGUUGAUGGUGGUGAGUAGUAUCAGUAGUGGUGGUGGGCCUGGGCCGAACGGGCCGGCUGCUGGGUUCGAUUUCUUGGGUUUGAAAAGUGGGGUUUUGGACUACAGAAGCUUGGAGAUGAAGUAGUCGUGUGGUUAAAAAUUCAUUAAUUACCCCUCCCCAGGUAAAAAAAAAAAGUAAAAAACUUGGUAGCUGAGUGAAUCUUCUUCUCUCUGUCUCUGUUGGGUGAUUAUGUUAAAAAUUAGAUUAACCUACUCGAUUAAGUAGUUUUUUAUUUUUACCUUUUACGGUAUGGCAAUUUGUAUGAUGAUAUAUAAUAUUUCGUAUGUAUUUAUAUAGAUAUACAUGGAUACAGAUUUUGUUUCUCAUUGUAAUUUUUAAUUUUCCCCACGGUACGGUAAUAUUCCUCCUUAUUUGCCACCUAACAAGCAUAUAUUAGUGGAUAAAAAAAGUUAUACUUUAGAAUAUUUUUCAUCAAAGCAUCAUUUUAUUGAAACCAAGGAUAUUAAUUAUGGAGUUGUAACAUCAUCAAUAUCACUCAAUUAAGAUAUUGUUCUUGAUGACUUGAUCUAAAGAGAUUUAUAACAUGAAAGUUUCGUAACGAAAUACUAGUACAUUAUAUCUUAAGUUAA